AUGUCAACUUUAACCCACAAUACGACAAAUCAAAUAUCAUCAUCAUCAAUUACGACAAACAACACGACAUACUCACAAUCAUCCACAUUCAAUAACGAUGAUAAUGCCUCGAAUACAGUUAAUGAUUGUGGACCAUCGAUAACUACACCUGCAGCAAUUGGCUUAGCAGCGGCAAGCUUAACUUCGAGUACAACAAACAAUACAACUAACUCCGACACUUCAGGAUGUGAUUCUAAGCGUAAUGUUUCAACGCCGUUCAGAUUACCAGCAAAUACAUCCGACGAUCCUUACGCCAGUUUCUAUGCUCUCAACCGAACUCUAUCUCAGCCAGCACUAGCAAUAACAUCGUCUUCCUCAUCAAUUCCAAGUGCACCAUCACCAUUCAAUCUCAUGAGUCAAUCUCCUAACUCGAAUUUACAAUUCAUUUCUAAUCCAUCAGGGCAAUCCGAUAGCGGAGCAUUUAAGAAAAUCAAACAUGAAUCUCUUUUAUUGAACACUCAUCCAUAUCAUCAAUUACAAUCCUACAAUUCUCAUUAUCCACAUGUGCCGAUGCCACCUCUCAAUUUACAAUCUACUCCAUCAAACAACUCUUCCAACAAUCUUUCUCCUGCACAUUCAACGAAUUCCAGUCAAUCUUCCCGUCAUUCAUUAUCGAAUCCAACUAGUCAAUGUCCGACACCAGCAAGACGUCGACAUCGAACAACGUUUACCCAAGAACAAUUAGCUGAACUUGAAACAGCGUUUGGGAAAAGUCAUUAUCCAGAUAUAUACUGUCGUGAAGAACUAGCUCGAAUUACAAAAUUAAACGAAGCUCGCAUUCAAGUUUGGUUUCAAAAUCGAAGAGCGAAAUAUCGUAAACAAGAAAAACAAUUACAAAAAGCUCUUUCCCCAGUUAUCUCGCCAUGCAAUGCAAUGAUGAGAAAUUUCUAUCAAACAUCAGCUGGAAGACCGUACCAAUAUGGGUCAACAGGAUCAACACCUACUGGCACGAAUUCGGUUGUUUCAAAUCAGAUACGGUAUCCACCGUCAGCGGUUGCAUACUCGCAAUUUUCACCACUGACUGCUGGAAUUCGGCAGGACAAUCCAUUAGCUUUUCAAGAUACGGAUUGGUACAAUAAAAGUCUCUCAUCGUUUCGUGUUGAUCAUACAUCGAUGCUUCAUUAUCCGGCUUGA